UAUCCUGGAGGUUGUUGAAGGAUCUCAAGAAGGUUUAAAAAAAAGUAUCAACCAUUUCUGUACAUAUGCUGCAACGUUUUGAGUAAAUUAAUGAGCACAUUUUAACCCCUUUUUUUUGCCUUCCUAUGUGAAGAAGAAAUCAACGCAACCGGAAGUUGGAAUCGCUAGUUUCCGUUUGAGUUCACAACUGCAACUGUUUGUUGAUGGUGGCAUAGCUAGCCAGUCUACUGMUAUGUCAAUAUUUUUGAUUUAGCUAGCUAAAACAAACAUUUUUACGAAGAAAAUGAGUUCUGAAGGAAAUCGACACGGGACGAAAAGACCUGGUUCUCCGAAUGAAGAUGGACCUACUCCAUGGGCAGCUGCAGAUCUGGGGGACAACGAGAGGAAGCAGAAGUUUUUGAGGUUGAUGGGCGCAGGGAAGAAAGAACACACUGGACGUCUAGUCAUUGGAGAUCACAAAUCAACAUCCCAUGUCCGCAGCGGGGCGGAGGACCAGAGGAUGAACUCUGAGCUGGAGUUGCAGUACCAGCAGGGGCUGGACGGGAAGCUGUCAGGCAGGAACAGGAGACACGUCGGACUGGGCUUUAGCGAGCCUGACCCAGCCCCACCUCCACCACCCAUAGAGGGCCAAAGCAAGGCAGAGCAACCAGCCAGUCCCAAUGCCCCAGACAGCCCCUCAGAACCCCAGGGCUCACCAGACAAACCCCCCUCACCAAGCCCAGAGGACAGCACGAAAGACAAGAAAGAGGACAAGAAACACACCUUCAAAAUGGCCUUUGUGAAGUCAUCCUAAGACUGGGAGAAAAACAGUCACUUUUUUCUAAAGUCAAACCACAGAUUUGUACAUAAGUCGUUCUUUUGUGUCUCUGCAGUACUCCCAAGCUGAUACAUGGUAACUUCGUGGUUUAAGAUGUCUUUUAUGUUUCAAUGCUGAGCAGCAAACCAGUAGUGCACUACUGAAGGAGGUAACAAUCAUUGAGACAGAUUUCCCCUGUUGUUUCCUUGUCAAUUUUUGUUAGGAAUUCCUAACUGAAAGAGGGACUGUACCGACGUGAUGUAAUGGUUCUGAGAUGAAGCAAAAGCUUUAAUUAAAUUGUGUUGAAUGUCUCAUCAUGUGUUAUAAAAUGUACUUAAACAUCAAUAAACUGAAGUACCACACAGUA